AUUGUCUUCCUCUGCUCAACACUCUAAGUGCCUUGCCUUAUCCUCCUUGGUCUUUGCCCUUUUAUACCUUUCUCACAAGUCAUAAUCUUCAGAAUCCAAAUUGAAUUAGGGAUUAGGGUUUGUUGGGUGCCCUGUGUUUUUGGUGUUUUGAUCGCCCUAAUAUAGAAAAGAAGUUCAAUCAAGAUCCCUGCCAUGGAAGGAGAACUACUAGAUUGGGAGGUGCUCCACAGCUCAGACUCUGAGUCGAAUUCUAUCAUUGCUAACUCGCCCGAGUCGAGGAAUCUUGGGAACAUCGCAGGUGAUACUGAAGGGAUGAUAAGGUCUGAUUACUUUUCUCUUGAUAACCAGAGUAUGUAUGCAAAGGAGGGGGAUGUGAGUGAAGAAGGCUCUAUCGAGUCGGAUAAUCCGAGUUGGAUUGAUCCCAAGCCGGUGACUCAGUACAGGAGGAAUAAUUCGGGCGAUUUUCGGUCCGAUUCCGGCAGUGAUCGGUCAGGUGAUCGUAAAUUAAGUGAUUUGGUUGUGAAAAAAGACUUGGAGUUUGCUGAGAACGAGAAAGCCCCGGAUUUGUUCCAAGGGAUUGAAAAAGCGGAAGCUAAGAUUGACGAAAUGGUUACAUGUAAGCCUGCUGGUACUAAAUUUAGUGAAUUCGAUAGGACAAAGGAGUUAGGUUUCGGUGAGUUUGGCGAUAUUCAAGACCAAGACAAGGAUUUGGGCAAGUUCUGGCCUGAUUCUGGUGGAGAUGGUUUGAUUUCAAUGAAGUUACAGGAUAUUGAGAAAGAGGCUGGCAUUGAAUUUAGCGACUUUAUUGAAAAGGGAGCUGAGUUGGAGAAUUCAGAUGAGCUCGAAGAUGGGAAUAACUCAACUUUGAAUUCGGAAGUAGGAGACGGUAAUACAAAUGGUAAUGAAGGUCCAACUGUUGAUGAAAUGAAGAUGCAUGCGAAAUCGGUUAACGAGGGAGACAAGAAGAAGGUAGCAUGGUGGAAAGUUCCUUUUGAGCUCUUGAGAUACUGUUUUCUCAGGGUUAGUCCUGCUUGGUCCUUCUCUGUAGCGGCGGCCGUGAUGGGUUUUGUUAUAUUAGGACGUAGAUUGUAUAAGAUGAAGCGGAAGAGCAGCAGCUUGCAGAUAAAGGUUACCCUGGAUGAUAAGAAGGUUUCUCAGUUCAUGACUCGUGGGGAUCGACUCAACGAGGCAUUUUCAGUUGUAAGACGUGUCCCAAUUAUACGUCCUUCACUGCCCACUACCACGGGGUUGAAUCCAUGGCCUGCGAUGAGUUUGAGAUGAAGGUGAUACUGUAAAAAAGAAACAGAA